GCUAGAAGACGGAGUCUGCGACAUUGUAAAGCGUUAAAUGCCGUACUAAAUGUCGCUCGUUUGAAUAAAGUGAAUGAUGUUAAACGGUCAAUGUUUAAUUGCAAGAAGAAAAAGCAAGGAGAUACGACUUAUGCGCACAUAUUAGAGAACUGCACAAGCGCUCCGCGCAGCACAUGUAUUUUCGUAUGUAUGUCACUCUCUGUGUGAUACUUGGUUAGGCGAGGUUACAGCAAGGUUAGGUCUGCAAUGUGUAGUUGUUUAUCGUAAAAAACAUCAAUGAUAUUUUCCAUAAAAAAUGAAUGACGAAGAAACAAAGUGUCAGGAUGAAGAGGAAAAUGAAUUUUAUUUCGAAUCUGAUCAUUUGGCAUUAAAGGGUAACAAAGAUUAUAGCGCUUUUUUAAAAACGAUAGUUAUUCUUGAGGCUCAAAGAGCUCAAGCUAUAGAAGAUUUAGACAAACUUAUGUUAGCACGAUCUAAAGCGAUGAAAGAUCCAAUAUCAUUCGUGGCACAAUUGCAAAAUGGUGAUCUUCCGGAACUGCCUGGUCCGCAAAAGGUAGCGGAAAUUCCUUAUGUUGAUUGGUCACAAUAUAACGUUACAUUGCCAGAUGUACGUCUGAGACCACAAACUAGACAUGGUCAUAUAUUGCCUCAGGUGCAACCUAAAAAUGAACAGGAAAAUGGAAAGGUUUUAGUUAGAGGUCGUGCUUUUGAUGAAAGUAAGCCUGAAACUUUCAAUCAAUUAUGGACAAUGGAAGAACAAAGACGAUUAGAAGAACUAUUAGUUGAAUAUCCACCUGAAGAAAUAGAAAUGAGACGCUGGACUAAGAUCGCUAAUGCAUUAGGAAAUCGAACACCUAAGCAAGUGUCUAGUAGAGUCCAAAAAUACUUUAUUAAACUAUUGAGGGCAGGUUUGCCCAUACCAGGAAGAGGACCUAAAGUAAAAUUAGAUGUGAAGAAGGGUUUAUCUCAUAAACAUCAACGUAAUAAUCACUUUUUAUUUAAGCGUUCAACAUUCUUCCCACAUCAAGACAUUUCUUUUAAUAUAUCAGAUGAAAACAAAGAACAACUUGUAGCAGAGGAAUCUGACGAUGAUGCGACAAAUGGAGGAGUUGAUGAUAAUCCUGAAUUGAGGCAAAUAAAUUUAGUGCGCCAAGUGAAAACUGAAAAGGAACAGCAGCAUUCGUCUUCUGCGUAUAAACAUGUUGGAUACAAAUGCAUAAUAUGUGGUGAAGAACCUUUAAGAGGUACAAGAUGGCAUUGUGCAGAAUGUCACAGUGGAAUUGAUCUAUGCGGUGAUUGUGCAGUAGCACAAUUGGGAGCAGAAAAUCCCACACACGACCCAUCCCAUAGAUUGAUUUCCAUCAAACCACCACAAUGUACUAAAAGUUAUGACUUAGAUUAUUUUCCACAUAGUUUCAGUAAUUCAUCUUAUAAUUAUCUCGAUCCAAAUUUUUUGCCCGAAUAGUUUGUGCUCAUUCAAAUAAAGUAUAAUGCAAGAGA